AUGAAAGCAUUAACAGGGGCGGGAUUACAUGGAUAUAUUCCGAAUAUGACUUUGAAAUCUGUGAGAGUUCUCGUUGAUCAGAAUAUAUAAUUCGAUGUUGAAUUAGUAUCUGAUAGUUUGACUUGCGGUUGGCUUAUAAGUGAAGUCACUCGACUCUACACAGAGCUUCUAAAGGAGAAUAAUAAACUAGUAGCCUAAUUCUAAAAAAAGGAAAAAGAUUUCCAUUAAAUUAUCUAGAAUAGCAGAAGGUAGCAAUUAAACUUCAAACAAGGAUAGAAGGGUAGUGCUUUUGGUGUUAGUGGUAAUGGGUUACAAAAAGAAAAAAAGAAGCUAAUUGUUGCAUUAAAAACCUAUGACUAAAAUGAGAAUAUUGAUCAUUGGCUUACAAUGUACGACAGAAAUUUAACUCCGAUUCAGGAUGGUGAAGUUCUGAUCACUGUCUUUGCAAAAUUAGCUGCAAACAAACGCAAAUCCAUUUCAGCAGGGGAUUUUGAGCUUGUGAAAGUUAUCGGAAGAGGUGGUUUUUCUAGAGUAUUGCUGGCUAGGAAAAAAGAUACAGGCAGACUAUAUGCCAUGAAAAUUCUUAAAAAAUCCAAAAUCAUUAGAGAGAAGAAAAUAAAGCCAAUACUCAGUGAAAGAGCUGUUUUAGAGCAACUUGAUCAUCCAUUCAUUGUAAAAUUGCAUUGGGCAUUUUAGUCUAAAGAGGAGCUAUUCUUUGUUAUGGAUAUUUGCACAGGUGGAGAAAUAUUCUUUCAUUUGAACAACUUUAAGAGAUUCCCAGAGUAACUUGCAAAAUUUUACUUUAUUGAAAUUCUUCUUGGUCUGGAAUACUUGCAUCAUAAGGAUAUUGUUUACAGAGACAUUAAGCCAGAAAAUAUUCUGAUCGAUAUUGAAGGGCAUGUGAAGAUAGCUGAUUUUGGAUUAGCUAAAUAUAUUCCUAGGAGGGAAAAAUCCUAUUCCUUUUGUGGUUCACCAGAGUAUAUGUGCCCUGAAAUGCUAAGAGGAAGAGGUCAUGAUAAGUAGCUAGAUUACUAUUGCUUAGGUGCUCUUUUGUAUGAGAUGCUGACAGGAUUACCUCCUUACUACUCAAAAGAUACAAACGAAAUGUACCAUAGGAUCCUAAAUGAUUAAUUGAUUUUUCCUGACUAUUUGAAUAGAAAUCAUCCUGUAAUUGAUCUGAUGAUUGGUUUAUUGGCAAAAGACCCAAAUCAAAGGAUAAGAGAAAUUGAAGAAAUUAAAGAGCAUCCUUGGCUUAAGGAUACAAAAUGGAAGAAAUAUCUUAGAAAAGAGAUCACUCCCCCAUUCGUACCGUCAAUGAGGGAAUCUAAUUUUGAUCCAGAAUUUAAUGAUUUACCUGUAGACUUUGAUGAAUUAAAAUUAAGAUAAAAUACUGAAAGAAGGUAAUCUUAUUACUAUGAGUCAACUGUUUAAUCUAAAAAUUGUACAGAGAAUAGUUUUUACUUUAACAAUCCUAAUCCGGUUAUGGGAGCUGUUAAUAAUCAGGGAGACGGAGAUAGCAGUAACGGAGGUGGUACAACCACAUUCAUAUUAAACACGAAUCAAGCAUUAUUCAAUAAUUUCUUUGCUCAUCCUGGAGAUGAUAUUAAGGAUAUCUAUAAUGAUUCAAGUGGAACAAACAAUAAUAGCAAGAAUAAUUCAAUCCAAAACAUCAAGUAGCAAGCAAGGCCCAACACCUAAAAUUAGUAAAUGAACAAUCAAUCUUAGAAUUCAAAGACAGAGGUAGAUGACAGUGACAUCUUCAAGAACUUUUCAUUUUAUGACUCUCCAAUAGAGGAGAAUGAGAUCAUGGAAUAGAUUAAGAGAUGCUGUAUCAGGAUAGGCCAGCUCCCUCAGCAUCUAUAUUCUACGAAUCCUACAGGAAAUCAUCUAACUAGUAAUGCAUAUUAAAAUCAGCUAAAUCAAAAUCUUUAAAAACUGUCUUCAUAAAUGUCCUAAUGGAUGUCAAGUUAGAAAAGAUUAAUAUGUGAGGAGUAAGAGGAUGAAGAGGAGAGUAACCAAUAAUAAAAAUCAUCCCAAAAUAAUGAAGCUGAAGAGGGUCCUGUUCAACUGCAUGCUCUCUAGAGUGAAUCUAGCAACUCUAUUUGCCUAGAUCAACAUGAUAUAGCUCUAGAUACUGUAGUUAAUUCUAAGCAUUCUGUGUAUUACUAAGGAGUAAAAAAGACUCAUGAAUCACCAAAGAAAUUAGGUCCAAGAGAAUCAUCCAACACUGAGAAAGCAAUACCAACCAAGCGCAAUCUUUAUUAAGAUGCAGCUAAAAAGAAGAAAGCUGAGAAUCCUUAUUAGAUAAAUGGGCAUCAAUAAAUUAUUGAUGAUUUUACUAAUGUUGUAGGGAGUUUCUCUUCAAAGUCUAUAGAUACUUAUGAUGAAUCAAAUUAAAGUGUUGCAUAAGAAUUAAACACAAAUGAGUCAAUAGCAAUGCAAAAUUACACAAUUGCAAAUAUGAAGUAGAAGGGUCAGACUCCUCUGAAUCAUAAGUUGAUGAAUAGUGAUGAGGUAUAGCAAGAAAUAAAUUAGAUUGUGCCUAAGAUAAGUCACAACUAUAAAAAAUCCAUGGUAAAUCCUAAAUAAAUUAGGCCUUCACUGGAAAUUUAACUUCCAGAUUAAGACCCAGACAUUAUGUAUCAAAGUAGAAUUAAAAAGGAUACAACAACUCACAAAACUGCUGCAUUCCUACCAAAUCAAAUUGCCUCGCCAAGCACUGUAGUUAAAAAGAAUCCUAAUUUUGGCUCUAAAAAUGGUAUUAACCUGCAUUAACAUAGUAAUACUCAUAGCGGAGGGGAUAAGACAAGCCCAAAUUAUAAAUAGAGCAUUAAGAAUUCAUUUAAUAACAAUAAUAUUGAAGGACUUAAAUUAAGAUUGAAUCAAUCACCUUAAACAUUAUAAAAACCAUCAGAUUUCAACUCGUAGUUAUCAUAAGGAACUUAUCAAUAGCUGACAAGUUCAACUGGGUAUGCAACUUACUCAACAUUAUAAACUAACAGUGCAAAUAAAUUUUAAACACCAGACUAAAAUGACAUCAUAAAAUCCUCAUAUGAUAAUGAUAGGUAAACUGGGAAAAAAUCUUUCUUGCAUGAUUCUGUGCAAUAAUUGAACAAGCAGUAUCAAAAUAUGAUUAAUGGCAACUCAAAUUUUUAAGAGGAGAUGAAUGAAAAAUCCCCGCUUGAAAAAUAAAAGGUAACUAAUGCCAAACGAACUACUGCUAAAUUUAGAAGCAUGGAUUUGACAAGUUAGUCUCUUAAUAGGAUUAAUGGGAAGUUUAAUGGUGAAGGUAGCGACAGAGGUGGCUAUAAUCCAAUGCCAAAGAGUAAAAAGCAAUAGGAAAUUCUAGCAGAUCUUAAGGAAGCAUCAUUAGAAGGUGGAAACUCAAUUAGUUUGUCACCAUAGAGAUCAAUGAUGCCUGAGCUACAGCCUAAUCCUGGAAAUAAAAUACAAACUCUAAAGAAGACGAGAGUAUAGUAAUCAAAGCAGCAAAAGAAUAUUAAAAUGAAAUUAGGUCUUUGA